AUCAAUAAUAAUAAAAGAAUGAGCAACACAAACGACGGCAGAAGACUCUCAAUUGGAUCAGACUCGAGUGCUAGUAGUGAGAAGGUCAAGAAGGACAAGUCUGAGAAGAAGAUCAAGAAGUCAGCUUCACCAAUCCCUCACGCAAAUACUGAAGCCACGACAUUCACUUCGGAGCACGAUCACGAUGGAUCGUCCGCUGACAACACCGAGCUGACGCUCUCGCACAUCAUCAUCCGUUCGGACUUUGCCAACUCGUCGGCCGAGGAGCAGGCCCGCACCAUCAUCGAUCGUUUCAAUAGCGGCAUCGACAAGGGCAAGAGCGCCUUCACCGACAACCCCCUGCUCGGUCGUGGUCUGAGCCGUGUGGACAUCAGUCAGUUCGUGCUGGGUCACCGCAACCAGGUGGCCGAGCUGGCCGACCCCCGUGGCAAGCGUUUCGCCACCGUCUACACUCCGGACCCCACCGUCAACAUCAAGUUCAUUGGUGCCGUCAACAAGACCGCUCACUACUUUGGCGCCUAUGGCAAGCACGUCCUCAACGUGCCCGCCGGUCACUAUGCCAAGGCCUUCUCAAAGAACAGACCAGUGCUGUAUGGCGAGGGUCCACACGUCAUCAUCGACCCCACCUUUGAGUUCUCAGAGGACAGCGGAUUCGUCAACCAGAACGAGCCAUACAUUGAGCACAGCACCUUCAACAUUCUGCGUAUCCCCUCGGGCAAGAUUGCCAAGGUCUGGUUGGGCACCCAGCCAUUCAUCCUCGAGUCGAAGCGCGAGCCAUACGUCUUUGUCGACGCCCAGUUCAAGCUGGUGUCGCCAGACAAGGACAAGGUCAAGUCCAAGGCCAACCUGUUCUUCAGCUCAAUCGACACCUACAUCGAGCACGGCUCCAUUAAGCGUAUCAUCCCCCACACUGGAGAGGUGGCCAUCACCUACGACAAUGGUAUCCUGACCAUCAUCCCACCACCAAAGGACGGCAAGCCAGUGAUCAUCGACUCGCCCACCCACAACUUUGACGGCUUCAUCUCCACCUCGCUGCAGACCUGUCUGUUCCCAAGCAAGGAGACCAAGAGCCAGGCCGCCGCCGACAACCGCCAGGCCUCAUCCGAUGAGAUCAACCUCAAGAUCUUCCAGACCAGAGACUCGCUGCGUGUCGGUGUCGUCUUGGUCGUCGCCUACAAGAUCGUCGACCCAGAGAUGGCCAUCACCAAGUUGGGCAAGGACGGUAUCGUGCCACACAUUGAGAACGUGUCCUUUGCCGACAUGGGUAAGGCCAUCCAGCUGUCCACCCUCCAGGAGGUCAUGUACUUCAACUCCACCAAGCCAGGUCAACAAGUUGAGGAGAGUGUCCAGACCAUCCAAGAUCGUGUCAAGUACAACUUGGCCAAGGACCUCAGUGAAUAUGGUAUUGAGUUGGCUCGUCUCCAGAUUGAGACAAUCAAGGUGUUGGAUAGUGAGAUCGCCAAGAAGUUGGCCGGUCAGUCUGUGACAUCGGCAGAGUUCACCACCAAGCAGGCAACAUUGGUCAAGGAGUACGACAUCAAGACCACUGAGGCCAGACUGAAGGCCGAGACCGACAACAUCGCCCUGGCCCAAAAGAACCAGGCUGUCAUUGCUGAGGCUCAAGCCAAGUUGCAGUCUGCUCAGCGUGAGGCCGAUGCCCUGUUGGUCAAGGCCGAUGCCGAGAGAAAGGCUCAAGAGAUGAAGGGUGAGCUGUACGCCAAGUUCCCCGCUCUGCUCGAGCUCGAGAUGGCCAAGAUCAAGGCCGACGCACUCCGUGGUGCCACCAUCUACAUCGCACCCAAGGACGUUGGAAACUUCCUCAACAGUCCACUCGUCUACUUUGAUCGCAUUGCCAACAAGGACAAGUCAUCC